GCAUUUCUCUAGCAUCGACACACAACAACCCGCAAGAUGAAGGCAGCUUGUGUGUUGGUCUGCCUGGCUCUCGCCCACGGCAUCACAGCCAGUAUCUUCAAACAGCAGCAGCGUCAGGUGGACGGCCUCGACGUUCAGCAGCUGGACAACAUCGACCAAUACCAAGUGCUGCAACACGACCAGUCUGUGGAAAACCAGAAGCAGCGAGUCCAGACAACCCAGAACCUGAAGAAACGCGGCCAGAAGGUGCAAAACCAGGAGAACUGGGAACAGCCCGCCCAGCAGUCGUCGGAACAGGAAACACAGCCGAGACAGGAGCAGCUGCCCCAGACCUCCCAGUACCAGCAGACCCAACAGAACCAGCAAGUCUACCGUGAGCAGUACCAACAGGCUGCCACCAACGAAUGGCCGCACACGCACCAACACUCCCACUCUCACCGUCGUCAACAUGACAAGACCUACCGUCCAUCAUCCUCCAGCGAAAGCUCUCAAGAGACCUCGGAGACCAGAUACUACGGAAGCCAGCCAGCCCUCCGCGGUGACAACUGGAAGUGGAAUUCACCUCUUUUCAACACAGUUUUGAACAAGGACAACCAGAAUGCCCAGGUUUAUGGACAGGUCAUUGAAUGGGACAAUUUGAUGGACUGGCUCGCUGUCGAACCUAAAACUGAACUCCAGAAGACCGAUGAAAUUGAGAAGAUCUUCGGUGAUGCCCAAGCUGCCAUGAAACACAUCUCAGAAGAGGAAAGAGUCAAGUACCACCAAGUGUACGAGCUCGCCCAGCAACAGAACAACGAAGACGCUGAACUCAACGCUACGCAACUGGCACAGAAAUACCAAUACCCCAUCGAGGAGUACAUCGUCCCCACUGAUGAUGGUUACGUUCUCACGGUCUUCAGAAUCCCUCCCAAGAAGCAGGUCCGUGAUGUCCAGAAGAGGCCUGUUGUGUUCUUGAUGCACGGCAUCCUCGGAAGUGCCGACGACUGGCUGCUGAUGGGCCCCGAAAAGUCUCUCGCUUUCAUGCUGUCUGAUGCUGGCUACGAUGUAUGGCUCGGUAACGCUCGCGGCAACAAGUACUCCAGACGCCACCUGACCAGGUACCCUGUUAUGGCUGACUACUGGCAAUUCAGCAACGACGAGAUCGCCCUUCACGACUUGCCCGCUAUGAUUGACUUCGCCUUGGAGACCACCAAGCAGGAGAAACUGUUCUACAUCGGCCACGCUCAAGGAACCACGGCCUUCUUUGCACUCACCGCUACCCGACCCGAGUACAACGACAAGAUCAUCAUGAUGUACGCCCUGUCUCCUAUGGUCUACAUGACAAACGUGCGCAGCCCAUUGUUCCGCAUGAUUGCUCCUACAAGCAAGUACGAGCAUCUCAGACACCAGAUUGGUAACGAAGCCUUCACACCCAGCAAAGGCCUGAUUCAAAUCCUUGGCGGAGCCAUGUGCCAAAAGGAAAUUGGUUGCAAGAUGGUCUGCUCUAACAUCAACUUCGUGAUGUCCGGUGUCGACGUUGACGGCAUGGACUACAACAUCAUCCCUGUGGUACUCGGACAUCUGCCAGCUGGUACCUCCGCUAAGGUGAUCAAACAAUACGCACAAGGAGUUUCUUCUAACGAGUUCAGAAGAUACAACUAUGGCCCCUACAUCAACGAACAGAUCUACGGUACAAUGGAGGCACCCAAAUACAACAUUACUCAAGUCCAGGCCCCUGUCACCUUGUACUACAGCGAGGAGGAUUGGCUCGCCCACCCUAAGGAUGUCGUGAGACUGCAGAACGAGCUUCCCAACGUGAGAGAAGCCUACAAGGUGCCCGAAGAACACUUCAGCCACAUGGACUUCCAGUUCUCGAAGAAAGCUCCCGAGAUGGUGUACCAGCGACUCAUCGCCUCCAUGCAGAACCAACAGUAAACUCAUCAUGCGACUGUUAAGAUAAUGUAUUUUGUAUUAUAAACGUAAACGUAUCGUUCAUUGUA